AUGCCGCCGUCGUUCAAAUCCCUCUUCACAAGCUUCACCUCCCUCCUACCCUUAACCCACCACCAACACCCGCUCUCACACGACGCAGUAGCAUGGAAGGGCGAAGUAACCCCCUACGAGCCCCUCUCCGGCGCCCCCUCCUGCCCCGUCGACGGCCCGACAAGCUGCUCCAGCCCGGGCUCCGGGACCGACUCGUGCUGCUUCGUCGCGCCGUCGGGGCGGAUUUUGCUGACGCAGUUCUGGGAUGACACGGUGCACACGGGCGGGAGCGAGGAGGACUGGACUGUUCAUGGACUAUGGCCGGACCUCUGCGACGGGAGCUACAAGGCCUUCUGCGGCAUGACGCCGCACUUCAACAACAUCACCGAUAUCCUCCGCCACUACGGGCAAUCCGACCUGCUCGCGUCCAUGGAGCGGUACUGGGUCGCGGCCUACGGGACCAACAACCACCUCUGGGCGCACGAGUACAACAAGCACGCCUCGUGCAUCAACACGCUCUCGACCCGCUGCUACGGCGAGAGCUACGACGCCGGCGUCGAGGUCGUCGACUACUUCACGCGCGCGUUUGCGCUCUUCAAGCAGCUCGACACCUUCACGGCGCUCGAGCGGGCGGGCAUCGUGCCCUCGCGGGAGAAGACGUAUCCCAUCAAGGACGUGACGAAGACGCUGGAGAGGCUGAGCGGGGGCAAGGUGGUGCUGCGGUGUUCGGGGCGCAAGAGGGAUGUGCUGCACGAGGCGUGGUAUAGCUACUUCUUGAAGGGCAGCUUGCAGACCGGGCAAUUUGUUCCCGCUAGCGAGCUGGGAGAGCAUGGGGACGCGAACAACUGCGCGGACAGCGUGCGGUAUGUUCCGAAGCGGUGCAAGGGCAACUGCCCGCCCAGUUCAUACGAGGAUCUGUAA